CCCUUUUUGUGUUUACAAUUGAACAGGAUUUAAUUAAAGAUCUGAAGUCCGAGUUAAGUGGAAAUGUGGAAGAAUUGAUUCUAGCACUCUUCAUGCCUGGCACCUACUACGAUGCCUGGAGUUUACGUCAUGCAAUGAAGGGAGCAGGCACUCAGGAGAGAGUGCUGAUUGAGAUCCUUUGCACAAGGACAAACCAGGAAAUAAGAGAAAUAGUGAACUGCUAUAAAUCGGAAUUUGGAAGGGACAUUGAACAAGACAUCAGAGCAGACACUUCAGGACACUUUGAACGAUUACUUGUAUCUAUGUGCCAAGGUAAUCGGGAUGAGAAUCAAACUGUGGAUUAUCAAAAAGCUCAAGAAGAUGCUCAGCGUCUGUACCAAGCAGGUGAAGGAAAACUUGGGACUGAUGAAUCUUGCUUUAAUAUGGUUCUGGCAAGCAGAAGUUUUCCCCAACUGAAAGCAACAGUUGAGGCAUACUCCAGGAUUGCUAAUCGUGAUUUAUUAAGCAGCAUUGACCGGGAAUUUUCUGGAAACGUGGAACGUGGCUUGAAGACUAUUUUGCAAUGUGCUUUAAAUCGCCCAGCCUUUUUUGCAGAAAGACUUUACUAUUCGAUGAAAGGAGCUGGCACAGAUGAUUCUACCCUCAUCAGAAUUAUAGUCAGUCGCAGUGAGAUUGACCUUGUGCAAAUUAAACAGAUGUUCACACAAAUGUAUCAGAAGACUUUGGCUACAAUGAUAGCAAGUGAUACAAGCGGUGAUUACAGGCGUUUGCUGCUGGCAAUUGUUGGUCAAUAGAAGAGGAUUAUCUUUUUUUGUUUUCUUUUUUAAAACUAACUGAAGGACAUGUAACAUGCUUUAUGCAGACACUGGCUAUCCUUGUGUGUAAAAGAAUAAUUUUAAACUUUGUAUAAUCAAAUAUGCCUUCUUGAUGAUUCAGUGGGCUUGUUGCACUUACAAUUGCCUUAAUUUACAGCACAUAAUAUUCUUUAUUGUAUAAUAAAAGAUGUAUCUUGUCUAUUAGCCCGUAA